CACAAAUUAUCCUAAAAUCAUAUAUAUAUAUAUGUAUAUAUACCUACAUAAACCCUCACUAUACUAUACCAAGUGCUCUCAAAUAUUUUAUACCUAGUUCCACCUUCUCGUCUUCGAGGACUCGUAAAACAUCAUGGACUCGAAGCAGUUCCGAGAAGCGGCCAUAUCGUCCAUUGACGAUAUCGUCAGAUACUACGAUACUAUCGAAGAACGCCGUGUAGUAUCAAAUGUUGAGCCGGGCUACCUUAGAAAAAUACUCCCCGAGGAAGCUCCUCAGAAUGGGGAGGCUUGGGCUGAUAUUCAGAAAGAUCUCGAGGCCAAGAUCGUGCCUGGUCUGACACAUUGGCAAUCACCCAAUUUCCUAGCUUGGUUCCCCUCCUCAAGCAGCUUCCCCGCUAUGCUCGGUGAGAUGUACUCGGCUGCCUUCACCGGCGCCGCUUUCAACUGGAUAUGCUCUCCUGCCGUCACAGAGCUGGAGACCAUCGUAAUGGACUGGCUGGCCAAGGCUUUCGCCCUACCCGACUGCUAUCUCUCGACUGGCCCCACCAAUGGCGGCGGCGUCAUCCACGGCACUGCUUCUGAGGCUAUCGCCACUAUGCUGGUGGCUGCUCGUGACAAGUACUUGCGCGAGGCCACCUCGCACAUCACCGACGAAGAAGAGCGUGAGGAUGCAAUCGCCAUUCGCCGUAGCAAGCUGGUUGCCCUCGGAAGCGCGGCCACCCAUAGUGCAACCAAGAAGGGCGCCCAGAUCGCCGGCGUCCGCUUCCGUGCCGUCCCCGUACAUGCCGCCGACGGAUACCGCAUGACCGGUGCUGAGCUACGGAGGAUGGUCCUGGAAUUACGUGCCAAAGGGUUAGAACCUUUCUACCUAACGGCCACGCUCGGCACGACAGACACGUGUGGCAUCGAUGACAUGGAGGGUAUCGCAUCCGUAUUAGAGGAGCUGGCGCCGCCUGGCCCCGGGGAAAUAUGGGUGCACGUGGACGCCGCAUAUGCGGGAGCCUCUCUCAUCUGCCCAGAAUACCAGCAUCUCACCAAGGCAUUCGACCGCUUCCACAGCUAUAACACGAACCUGCACAAAUGGCUUCUGGUAAACUUCGACUGCAGCGCCGUAUGGGUGCGGGACCGGCAGCACCUGACCGAAGCACUGAGCGUGUCGCUGGCCAUCCUACAAAAUCAGCACACUGAGUCCGGCCUAGUCACCGACUACCGCGACUGGCAGAUCCCCUUCGGCCGGCGGUUCCGCUCCCUCAAGGUCUGGUUCGUGCUGCGCACCUACGGCAUCGAGGGUCUCCGCGCGCACAUCCGGAAGCACAUCGGACUAGCGGAGACGUUCGGCACUUUGAUGAAGGGACGACCGGACCUCUUCGAGAUCAUAACGGGUCCGCGGUUCGCCCUGACAGUAUUCAAGCUAGCAGCGAAGGAGGGCAAGACGCUCGAAGAGCAGAACGCUACCACGAAAAAGAUGUACGAUGCCGUGGUCGAGGAGGGGAAGAUCUUCCUCUCGAGUACGGUCGUCGGCGGCGUCUUCGCUAUCCGACAUAAUCCCGCCACCCCGAUGGUCGAGGAACAUCACGUUAGGAAGCAUUUUGAGAUUUUGGUUGGGGCUGCCGAGAAGAUACUCGCUGCUUAAAAAGGGGGAAAGGGGAGUGGGGAUGCACGUGUCGUAUAUAGAGAUUUAGACACCAAGCCUGUAGAUGUUGCACGAAAUAGAGACCUUAGAUCUGUACUUUGUUAUGGUAUAGUUUGGUAUGAUAUGCAUUCUA